GGUUGUAACAAUUGCCCUGCGGGGAGCUAGCCGCUGGGGCUGGCUCCCGCAGGGCUACGGGACCCAGGUGGUGUCGGAGGCAGGAGGGCCGGGACAUGCGGGAGCGGUGCGGGACACACAGGGCACUGUCUUGCUAUCCCUGUAUCCACUCCAACUAUUGACACCACUCUCAGCUGAGUAGGAUGUGCACUUAUGGGCAUUAUAACAAUCCCAUACCUGACACCAGAGUGAGAGCACCAGAUUUAACCAAGGACAUGGAGGGGGGAAAAUGAAUGAGGUAAAAGAAAGUCUGAGAAGCAUAGAACAGACCUACAAGAUCUUCCAGCAGCAGCAGUUUACAUUUAUUGCAGCGCUGGACCACACCCGAGAGAAUGCACAUGACAAGAUCAGGCCUGUAGCAAGUAUUGGACAGGUGCAGGCAUACAUGGAUCAUCACUGUAACAACAGCACCGAUAGACGCAUCCUCCUCAUGUUCUUGAACAUCUGUAAUGAUCUGAACAAACUCUGCCAAAAACUAGAAGCCCUGCAUCCUGGUAACAGUGUAACCAACAAUAUUUUGGAGAAAUGCAAGAUGCUCGUUAGCCCCAGCAACGACCUGAGCACCGUCCGAGCAAAGUACCCUCAUGAUGUGGUGAAUCACCUGAGCUGCGAUGAAGCAAAGAACCACUAUGGAGGUGUGGUGAGCCUCAUACCCAUAGUGCUGGACUGCAUGAAAUCAUGGGUGGCCCACAGUGAGAAGCUGCCUCGGAACUUCCUGCAAAAUGCAAGUUAACUCCUGUUCUUUUGCCUCCUGCCGAAGACACUCCUGAAUAAAAGUUUCCCGUGCAUGCAA